AUGGACAGUACACCAACUAUAUUGGUGGACGAGGAUUCUCAAACAGUAAGAGAUGUUAUAUCGGACAGUGGAGAUUCUGAAUAUGUUUCCAACGACGACAAUAGCGACGAUUCAUUUGAUUAUGAUGAUUACGACGAUCUGGGAGACCAGUCGUACAAAUGUCAAUCGUGUGGUGCAAGGAUGUGGUACGCUGAACGUCUUGAUAAGCAUAGGAACACAUCGAGACCAGAGUUUUCUCUAUGUUGUCAAAAAGAUAAAGUACAACUGCCUGAUAUGAAAAAUCCCCCACCUGCUCUAUCCAAUUUGCUUUUCGGUACGGAUAGGCAGAGCAAACAUUUCCAAGACAAUAUCCGUUCUUACAACAUGAUGUUUGCGUUUACAUCACUUGGCGGAAAGAAUUACCAUAUGAUGGGAAGUAUGUUGCCGGAGAAAGGCGCAAGACCAAAAUUUGCACAACUUUACAUCUUCGAUACAGAGAAUGAAGUUCAGAAUAUAAUUGACGCUGUUAGGUCUGGAAAUAACUCGAACAAUCUUGAUCCUCAAAUUGUUGCAUACUUGAAGGAUACGAUCGAUGAGAACAACGUACUUGCUCAGUCGUACAGAGCUGCCCAGGAUCGACUUUCCAGUGAAGGCCUGCAAGGUGUUAAGCUAAAGCUGGUCAAAAGUCGUAGCACCGAUGGCAGGACUUAUAAUCUCCCUAACGCGAGUGAAAUUGCAGCGUUGAUAGUUGGAGAUUUUGAUACGCAAGAAGGGGUUAGGGACAUUGUGUUGGAGAUUCAGUCCAAGAAGUUGCAACGCAUUAGUGAGCUACACCCACUGUACCUGCCGUUCCAAUAUCCGCUCAUAUUUCCUUACGGGGAAGACGGCUAUAGAGAGGAUAUUGGUUUGAGAGACUCUUUUCGAGUUUGUGGUGGACGCUUAUUCUAUAUUGAGUCACAAAAGUUGAAUUUCAUUAGAUACAACCAGGACCAGCUGCGUGUGGACAUGUACAAAGGCAUUGAAGAACGCAUUUUGAGAGAGGACACUGAGGGCAUAUCAGCUGGUAAGCGCAUAGUUCUUCCCAGCUCAUUCAUUCCUGGACCGCGGGUCCUGAAUGACACAAGUCUCAGACCGGAGGAUCGUCCUGAUAUUCUAUGUCGCGUAUUUAAAAUGAAGUUGGAUAGUUUGCUGACGGAUUUCAAGAAGGGACAUAUUUUCGGACGAAUUAGAGCGCACGUAUGUACGAUCGAAUUUCAGAAACGUGGUCUGCCUCACACACAUAUAUUGUUGUGGUUGGAUAACGAUGCCAAACCGAAGUGCUCCGCCGACAUCGACCGGAUGAUUUGUGUAGAAAUUCCUGACAAAAAAACUGACUGA